AAAGCUCUUGUCGCAGUGUGUUAUGGGUAAUAACAUUAAAGAUGGCUGACCGUCCGUCGGAUAAAUCAUACGAUUGUCUCGAUUAUCACCUGGAGUAAUACACCUCUUCCCGAUAUGCAGCGUCCAAAUGGGCUUCGCAAUACAGUGGAACGGCGAUGCGCUGCAAAUCUUCAUUAGUUGCCUUUUUUUCGUGGCUAUUUCAUGGAUUAUUACCAAACUUCUAAGUUGGCGAAAUCGUAAAGAGCUUCGUGUAGCAGACCCCCACAAAGGCCAUCAUUGGUUUUUCACGGAGUUUCUCGAUAAACCUUCGUACUGUAAUGCAUGUGAGAACGCUCUCGUUCGUGGUCUUCAUUGCGAAAACUGUACAUUGUCUGUACACGAUGAAUGCCUAGAAACAGCGAAUGAAGUGUUUACGUGCAAAGCUCUUGUACUAAGCCGGCGCUCCUCACUAAAACAUCACUAUAUUCGUGGGAACUUACCUUUGUGUAGUUACUGUAGUGUGUGUGGGUGUUUAUGCGGUACAGCCCCAAGGCUAUGCGAUCAGAGGUGUAUUUGGUGCCAGGAAAAAGUCCAUGACGAUUGCCUACGGAACCAGUCUAUGAUUUGCGAUUUCGGUCGGUAUAGAACCCUGAUUCUCCCGCCACAUUGUAUCAGCCUCACGUUAGUCGGCUGGCGGAAAAAUAAACAGAGAUUUGUAGUAAAAGAGAUAACUCCCCCUAACACUCGCAACUGGAGUCCCCUUUUAGUGUUUGCUAACUGCAAAAGCGGGGAUAACGAUGGAGAAAGACUGCUACAAGCGUUUAGGGGAGUUCUAAACCCAGUGCAGGUGAUAGAUCUCCACGAAGUACCACCCGAGACAGCCCUUGAGUUUUGUCGGCUACUUCCUGGACACAGAUGUCGAGUGCUGGUGUGUGGUGGUGAUGGAAGCGUUGGCUGGGUGCUUGAUGCUUUGGACAAAGUUAAAUUAAAGCUGUCCCCCUACAUUGGCAUCUUACCUUUGGGUACAGGGAAUGACCUCGCCCGGGUCUUGGGGUGGGGCAGUGGAUACGCCGGAGAGGAAGAUGCCAAUGAUGUUCUUAACUCAAUUUUGAAAGCUGACGUCACAGAACUUGAUAGAUGGAAAGUCACAGUUGAAUGUGCAGGGUUCUUGGGUGUGAGAAAGCCGAGAAAGACCUACAGUAUGAAUAACUACUUCUCAGUGGGCUGUGAUGCCAAAGUUGUGUUAAACUUCCACCGUCACAGAGAGAGCCAACCCACACUCUUCACAAGCAGACUAUUUAACAAGGCUAUGUAUGGUGUGUAUGGCGCAAGGGAUGUACUACAGCAGGAAUGUAAAAACCUUCAUGAAAUGGUUGAGCUUGAGCUUGAUGACAAGAAGGUGGAGUUGCCUGAUCUCGAGGGAAUCGUCAUCCUCAACAUCAGCAGCUGGUGCGGUGGAUGUGACAUGUGGAACAGCUGCAGUGAUGAUGAUGGCAGGCCACCCACGGCAAGUGUAAGUGAUGGUCUACUGGAGGUAGUGGGCCUUUAUUCCUCACUUCACAUUGCUCGGCUACAAGUCAGCCUCGCUGACCCUCACCGGAUUGGACAGGCUCACAAAAUUAAGCUCACGUUAACGAAGGCCAAACACCUGCCUGUGCAAGUGGACGGGGAGCCCUGGGAACAAGCGCCUUGCGUGAUUACCAUAACACACCACAACCAGGCCUUGAUGCUGAAGCGAGGUGAAGAGAGCUAGGACCUGGGGCUAGCACCGUCUAAUGAAUAGUAUUUCAGACGAUACCUCCCUUCUUACUUCUAUACAGUAUCUUUGUCUUUGCUAGUAGAACCAGAAAGAAAGAACGCUUCUACUACCAAAGAAAUAUUUUCAAUAGUCCAGUUUCGACUCCACUGUACCCACUGGUCAUAGGCACCAAGGGAUCAUGGAUACAUUGCGCGCCUCGGUUUCAUGCAUCGGUUCGCAAAUAUCAGCGAGAUGCUGUUUUACAUUGUUUUAUUCUAAGCUCCAACGGAUUUUCGCUAGUUUAUGAUGGCCCACACUGUUUUUACGCGUCCUUAGUAUGUCUGUCCAGCGGACAUAAUAGAGUGAAACUGGUCUAUUUGCAUUCACGGUUGCAGUUAGUCAAUUUACUUCACUCAUACAACAUUCAAAUCAUUCGCGACCAACUCCAUCCACUAGUCAACAAGAACAGAUGCUAUUUCUUCUCCUUCCUUUUUCCCUCGCCGCUCCUUGAGUAGGAAGAUAUACCAAGGCCUCUUGAGUUGGCAGCUAUAGACUUAUAUUAAAAUAAGCUUUCAUUACGUACAAAGUAUAACUAAUAUCUAAUUUCUUGUAUAUAAAUGUAUGCCAUACCGCUAAAGCUCAAUUCUAGGAUAUACUCUAAAUGAUUGUUUAUACGCAACUUUGCGCUUUUUCAUGCUCUCAAUCCUGAGGGGUGGGGGAAAUCUAAUUCAAAAUUGCGAUUUCACAUCCGGCCUGGUUCAUAUAAUAGAAUAUAUAUAUACGAACGUCGUCUGGUCAAUUUAAUGGUGCAUGUAUAAAUAAAUGGACAUAAUAUAUCAUUAAAAGAAGGAUCAUGCA